AUGGAUCCUGCCAAAGGCUUGAGUCUCAACAGCCACAGGCUUAUACUCACAGACCAUAACUCACCUCACAAUGACCAACACUUGAAUGUAUUAGUCGACCGCAUUUGGUCUACAGUCAUGGUUGCAGUGAUAAGUCUUGGUAUAACUUUUUUCUUAAUCUACAAAUGCAUUUUCCGAUCACCAAACCACUCUUCCGAUGAGAACAAAACCAAGCCAAAACCAUCUGUCGACAGCGAGCUUGACCAGAUUCCAGUCCUUGUAUACGGAGAAUCAAUGAUGCCCUCAUCGGAGCCUAGUUGUUCCGACACUAUUUCGGAGCUUGAAACCUGCGCUAUAUGUUUGGAAGAGUACGUGCAUGGAGAGAGGGUGAGGGUGUUGCCGAGGUGUAAGCACAUGUUCCACAAGGACUGUAUUGAAGAAUGGCUUGAGGUUCCAUCUUUGCAUUGUCCCAUUUGCAGGGAUAAGGUUCUGGAGCAUUGCCUACAAUCGGCAAGGUCUAAUAAUUGCAGGAACCAAAGGCAUAAUAUUAGUAAUCACAUUCCAUUGUUGGGUUUCUAUGGUGGUAUACGUAACACAUUUGUCUAA